UAUAGGUGCCCGCAUGUCCAACUUGAAACAUUAGAAAACACACUCUAAAACCCUAACCCUAAAGCCAAAACCCCUGUAUGUCAUCAAUGGUGAAUCCCAGUCCUUAAAUCCAAUCCUAUACCCGAAAACGAAGAAGGAAGAAAGCCCCAUUUUUUUCUUAAUCUCUAAAGGGGCAUCUACCAAUGGAGACGGAUUCAUCUGACGAAGAUAUCUCCAAGAAGGCCGAGGAUACGUUACGCAAAGUCACAAGUGGUCCGUUGCCAUCUACCAUUGGAAAGCUGUCUGGCUCUUCAAGAGGAAUACCCACCGAUAGAGACUUUCAUUUCUACAACAAUUUCAGCGAAUUCAGGACCCCCAUUUCAGAAAUAGACAAGAAAUCCAAGGAAAUCUUGGAGAGAGUCGGGGCAUUGUCGCAAUUAUGGGGAAAACCCAUGUCGUUUCCGGGGGAGGAUCCGGAUGACGAGGAAACUGGAGAUUGGCUGGUCAACAUAAACGACGACGUGUUUGAGAAACUGGCAUCAUCCUUGGAUGACUUUAGGUUGUUGAGAGAGAAAGAAGAGGAGAGUGGCGUGAAGAAUAUGGAGGACGGGUUUCAAUUGGUGAGUCGGAAGAAGACUAGGAAAGUAGAACAUAAUAGUAAUGUAAUUAGUGUGGAGAAGGAGAAGGGGGUAAAAGUGGCUACGAAAGUGAAGCCAAAGAUUCCGUUUCAUAUACCAAGCAUCCCGAGGCCGCAGGACGAGUAUAAAAUUAUUGUUAACAACAAAAACCAGCCUUUUCAGCAUGUUUGGUUGCAGAGGACUGACGAUGGUUCCAGGUUUAUGCAUCCUCUGGAAAAGUUUGCUCCCUCAGACUUUGUUGAGAGUGCUGGCAUCAUUGAGCCUGUCAAACCUCCUCCAUUGGAGAUUACCCCAUUCAAGUUUGUGGAAGAGGUCAAAGAUCUGAAGCAGUUAGCAGCCAAGUUACGUGCUGUGGAUGAGUUUGCGGUUGAUUUGGAGCACAAUCAAUAUAGAUCUUUUCAAGGAUUGACAUGCUUGAUGCAAAUAUCCACUAGAACUGAAGAUUUUGUUGUUGACACUCUGAAGCUUCGCGUUCAUAUUGGCCCAUAUCUAAGAGAUGUUUUUAAGGACCACAUGAAGAAAAAGGUGAUGCAUGGUGCUGAUCGAGAUAUUGUGUGGCUUCAACGUGACUUCGGCAUAUACGUCUGCAAUAUGUUCGACACUGGGCAGGCCUCAAGGGUUUUGAAACUGGAAAGAAACAGCUUGGAGUAUCUGCUACAACAUUUUUGUGGAGUUACGGCAAACAAAGAGUAUCAGAAUGCAGAUUGGAGAUUACGCCCGCUCCCUGUAGAGAUGAUGAGAUAUGCUAGAGAAGAUACACACUAUCUCUUGUACAUUUAUGACAUUAUGAGGAUGGAAUUGCUCUCUUCGUCUGCCGACAAUGAAUCUCCUGAUGCUUCUCUAAUAGAGGUGUACAAGCGCAGUUAUGAUAUAUGCAUGCAGCUGUAUGAAAAAGAACUUUUGACUGAUAGCUCAUAUCAACACAUAUAUGGAUUACAGGGAGCUGGAUUCAAUGCUCAGCAGCUUGCAAUUGUUGCUGGGCUAUAUGAGUGGAGAGAUGUUAUUGCCCGAGCAGAAGAUGAGAGUACUGGCUAUGUUUUGCCGAACAAAGAACUUCUUGAAAUUGCUAAGCAGAUGCCUCUUACCACAAACAAAUUAAAGCGAUCGAUGAAAUCAAAGCACCCAUAUGUUGAGCGUAAUCUUGGUGCUGUUGUCAGCAUCAUUAGGCAGUCUGUUCAAAAUUCGGCUGCAUAUGAAGCAGCUGUGGAACUUCUGAAAGAAAGGCGCUUAGAAUUACCAGCUGAAGAAGACAUUGUGGCUACUGAGGGCGCUGAAAUGUUAGUUGAAACUUCUGAGCCACUGAAAGCAGCAACAGGGACAGAAACUUCAAAUGUUUGUAGUUCACCUGAAAGUGCUGUCACCAAAGUUGGUUUUAAUGGACCUGGUGACACCUCUGAACAUCGUAGUGAACAUGGUGGUUUAAGAGCUACUUCUUCAGGACAGGUGGAAGUAACUAUUCAGGCAAUUAAGAAACCCAGCCGUGGUCUUGGGAUGUUACUAGGGUGUGCAGCAAAGAGGAAGCUGCACCCUGAUAAAAAACAGGAGCAGGAAGAGAUCCAAGUACAGCAGAUCAAGUCUUCGGUGAGCCUUCCAUUCCAUGCAUUUUCAGGCAGGACUGAACAGUUGCAGCAAGCUGCAACAGCACCUGCUAAAACAUUACAAAUUAACCAUAGAGAGGAACCUGUUGCUACUAAUUCCAAGUUAGACGUUAUAACCCUGGACACUGAUUCAGAUGACGGGAAAUCAUUAAAAGGUGAGCUAUCAAUUGGAGAACAGGAAAAUUCCUUUGCCAUGCCGGUAGCUACUUCAAAGUUAGAAGAUGUUAUCUUACUGGACACUGAUUCAGAUCUUGAGGAAUCAGUCAAAGAUGACUCAGAAGCUGCUGACAAUCCGCCUGAGUGUGGGGAAAACAAAAUUGCAGGUUCUGCUGAGGAGAUGGAUGAAGGGGAUGAGAACAUGUCCCUGUCUGAUCUUUCCUCUAGCUUCAAGAAGUGUUUCCAUCCAAUAAGUCAAAAGAGUAAGGCGCAGCUCGCUGAGAAAGCACAAGCACAUGAAGGCCAGUUGAAAGUCCAGCCUUUUGACUACGAAGCAGCAAGGAAGCAAGUGUUAUUUGGGGAAGAUCCAGGUAAAAAAAAGCCGGAAACAGAAGGUGAUGAGCAUCGUAGGAGUAGGACUGGUAAAGGUGAUAAGAAGAAGGAUUUACUCUUAGGUCAGCCGCCAAAUAUUGAAGGGACAGCAGAGUUCCAGCAAGGUAGAAGGCGUCAAGCUUUUCCAGCUACUGGAAAUCGAAGCUAUACUUUCCGUUAGAAUUUGAAAAACUUUAUGAGCUCAUAAGUGAAGUACUUCGUCUAUGAAGCAGAGCAAUCUCAUCUUGCUUGCUUUUGGCAAAGUUUUGUCAGUACUUUUGGCUCUAGCGAAAGGAGGAGAAAUCAUUAUUCAAUGUUUAUAGGAUUAAUGUAAAAAUUUGGAUUUAGUUUCAGUAUUAUUGUUAAUUUGCAUUUACUGUG